AAAAAAGUAGAAAUGCUGUUCAAAAAGAAAUUUCUUAGUAUUUUUUUACUCUUUUUAUUGUCAAUUAUUUUAACAGCAAACGCCGAUGACGAUCAACCAAGCGUAAUUGUUGUUGGAGCUGGUGUAUCAGGAAUUGCCGCUGCAUCGAAACUUAUGGAAAAUGGCUUUAAAAAUGUCAAAAUUCUCGAAGCUGAAGACAGAAUUGGAGGUCGAAUUCACACUGCAAAAAUGGGUGAUAAAUUAGUUGAAUUGGGCGCACAAUGGAUUCAUGGGGUAGAAGGGAAUGUUGCUUAUGAAUUGGCCUCACCACAUGGAGUAGUGGACAAGGGAGACGAAGGAGUAGACAAAAUGCAUGAAAGAGUUAUAGAUUCUGCGGGCAAUGCAGUAAAUCAAAAAGAUGUCGAUGAUGUUAAUGAAUUUUCUCAGAAAGCAGAGAACGAUUUAGUGGAAUAUGCCGAGAAGAACAAAAAUAAACCCUUAGGAGAAUAUUUUCAAAAUGAAAUUGACAAAUACAUUGAAGAGCAUCCAAAAUGGAAGGAAAAUAAAAAAGGAUUUACACAUUUACAUGACAUGAUUAUGGUGUCAAUAUAUUCUGCUGACUCAUGGAAUGAUGUUUCAACAGUAACUGUCAAAGAUUUUCAUAUCUGUCCUGGACCAUUUUUUGUUAACUGGAAAACAAAUGGAUAUAAAACUAUUCUUGAUAUACUAAUGAAACGAUUCCCGAAACCAGAAGAAGAAUUACCAGUUAUGAGUAACACAGUGUUAAAUGCUGAAGUCUCCUCAAUUGAUUAUUCGGAUCCUAAUGGAAAAGUUACAGUAAAAACUACAAAUGGAGACACACACACUGCAGAUCAUGUCAUCGUCACAUGUUCCGUGGGUGUUUUAAAAGACGUACAUAAAUCCCUCUUCAAACCCGUUUUACCAGAAGAUAAACAAAAAGCCAUUGAGGGGACAGGUUUUGGAAAUGCAGCAAAGAUUUAUCUUUCUUAUGAUGUACCAUGGUGGCAUGAAGAUAUGAAUAAUGGAUUUGGUCUUUUUUGGUUGGAUAAAGAUUUAGAAAUGCUCGAAAAAGAUGACGAAAAAAAAUGGCUUCAGGGAUUAGUUGGAGUUUAUGCAGUUGAACAUAAACCAAAUUUACUUGAUGCAUGGGUAGCGGGAAAAUAUUCUCGCGAUAUGGAAAAACUCACUGAUGAACAAGUCAAGAAUCAUGUUGUUGAAGUUUUGCAAAAAUUUUUUGGAAAGACACACAAUAUGACUGAACCCACUGAAAUGAUGAGAACUAAAUGGGAUAGCAAUAAACACUUUAAGGGAAUUGUCAGCUACAGGAGUGUAAAGAGCGAUCCAGAAGUUGUCAAUCCUACAAAAUUGUCAGAACCAGUUGGUGAGGGAAAACCAGUCAUUUUAUUCGCCGGUGAGGCCACGAGUCCUCAUCACUAUAGUGCAGUACAUGGUGCAAUUGAAAGUGGUUGGCGAGAAGCAGAGCGAAUUAUGGCACAACAUCCAAAUGUAAAAAGUUAAAAAAUUUACAAAUAUCUCAAUGAUUUGUUUUUGAAAAAUUAUUUUCACAAAAAAUUAAGUCAAAAUAAAUUAAAAUUGUAAUACUAUAAAUAUCAAUUUCAAUAUCA